UCCAAUUCACAUCACUUGCAUGUCUUUGGACUGUGGGAGGCCACCGGAGCACCCAGAGUAAACCCACGCAGGCACGGGGAGAGCAUGCAAACUCCACACAGAAAGGACCCAGACCACCCCACCUGGGGAUCGAACCCAGGACCUUCUUGCUGUGAGGCGACAGUGCUACCCACUUAGCCACCGUGCCGCCCACACAAUCAACAUGAUGUUGUUAGUGCUGUUGGUCCUGUUUUAUCCAGCAGAGGGCGCCAAUUCCUCAAACGCUUCAAUCACUUGUUAUGAUGAUGAAGGAAACGCAGUAGACUGGUUCUAUCUUUACAAACUCCCACGUCAUGAAGAACCCCCGCCCGGGGGAGAGAAAUACUUGCUGCUGAAAGAAGGAAGCCAGGGAUGGGUGGAUGGUAGUGGACUGGUGGGAGACAUCACAGGAGCUCUGGGGAGAAGUGUUGGGCCUCUUUAUCAUGGUGAUGAGCUGGGAUACAUCCUGUACAACGAUCAGCCACCAACAGAAAACCAUCUUGAUGAUGCUAACAGAAGUGGAGGACACACCAAAGGAGUCGUUCUGUUUGACAGUAAGCAGGGCUUCUGGUUGGUCCACAGCACUCCUCAUUUCCCACCUACCAAAGAUGAAGGCAGCUUUUCUUACCCCAGCACAGGGUUUAACAACGGCCAGAACUUCAUCUGUGUCACUUACCCUCUGGAGCGCUUUGAAACCAUUGGUGAGCAGCUGAAAAUAAACCAGCCGCACAUUUAUGACUGUGUCAUUCCUGAUUCAUUGGCUUCCUCUGUGCCCAGCAUGGUUAAUCUCUGUAAACUCCAUCGUGGAGGAAAAAACUCCAGCAUUACACAUGAUUCUUACUCCACACCUAACCGCAGCAUCUCUCUCCUCUCACUGGCUGGGAAAGAGUUCAUCAGCUUUGCUAAAGGAGCCACUUUUCAGAAUGACCUGUACCACUCAUGGGUGGCACCGGCUCUGCAAUCCGACCUGCUGGUGCAGUUCUGGCGUCGAUCGACUGGCAUCUUGCCCUCUGACUGCUCCUCCGACUGGAAAGUUUUGAACGUGGACCUGAUCUCUCUGGGGAAGCAGAUCACCUUUAAAGCCACUGAGGAUCACUCGAAGUGGGCUGUGAGCGCAGGUGGAGGUGGUUUGAAGGGUGGGGAUUGGGUCUGCGUGGGGGACAUUAACAGGAACGAGGCGGAGGAGAUGCGGGGAGGUGGGACCGUGUGUCAGAGUGAUGCAGUGGUGUGGAAGGCGUACCGGGCGGCAGCACAGCUGUGUGAAUCCUGUACAGAGAAGGAGGAGGAUUGUGAGGCAGCGAGGUUUUACCUCUGAGAGCUCUGACUGAGUGGAAGCAGACAAGGAACUAGAGUUACAUUCCAACAGCUGGUUAGAACGUACGUUUAUAGUGACUGAGGAUGUUUUAGUCUGAUACACUGGUGUUGCAGGUCCUGAGUAGAAAUGACAUUGUUUACAUUAGACAAAAGUAAAUAUGGCAUUUGUAUAUGGCUCUGUAAAAACAUAGUAAACUAGAUCUGUUUAACUUAUAUUAAUAUGAGGGAUGUUCAAAAAGUUUUCGCACUUUUAUAUUUUGGUUGGAGACGGUAAGGGUGGGAGGAGUAGUAAUCUAUCGUGUCUGAGAGACUAAGAGACGCUUAUAGUCUGGAUUUAGCAGCAUCUGAUUUCCACCUUUUUGGAUGCUCAAAGAAGCUUUAAGGGGAAGAAGAUUUUAAUGUGAUGAUGUGAAAGCAACGUUGCAUCAGUGGCAACAUUUUUUGCUGAUGGCAUUAAAAAGUUAGUACGACGCUGGGAAAAAUGCAUCGAGAGGUGACUGUAGAAAAGUGAUGUCAUUUGUUUUUGAAAUUUGUAAUGAAGAGUUUAAAAAAGUGCAGAAACUUUUUGAAGAACCCUUGUAUACUGGGAAAAAUUAAACAAAUGAUUAGAUGUGGCAUUAACCUUUUUGUGCAUUAAAAUGUGAAGUUUUUUCUUAUUGUAAAAAUGAUUCCCACAUAGAACCACUGCUGUAGAGGAUGUGUUCACUUAUUUUCACUUAAUAACUCAACAAUUUUCUCAUUUGACCAGAAGAAUCCAAAUUUGCAUAAGACUGUAUGAUUGAUGGAAGGAAGGUUGUGUCAUGUGUAUCAUGUUUUCAAUUUAAUUAACAAAUCAGACCCAAAUCACACAGAGUCGACAUGUAUCAAAACGUAAAUUUAUUGCAUACAAGAAUAAACGGUGUACAGUGCAUAUACAGUAUCUAGCUUUCUCUAUACAGAAGUGAAUUUACAACAUUAGCUUAUCCUCAGCGACACGGCAGUACACACGCGGUUACACUCGCAGAGAAGCGACAGCACCCAGUAACACAAGGCACUUCAACACAAACACUGAUAAUGUUCCUACAAACAUGAGCGUGGCUCCUCAGAUGAACCGCUUCAGUUUGUGUUCGACUUCAAGAGCAGUACGAGCAAAUGUAAAAUAUACAAGCUUCAUCAGAACAGAAGAGCCAGAUUUUAAAGCUGGAACCAUAUCUGUACUGUACAAGUGCAUUCUGGGUGAAUAGUUUUACAUACAUUAUUAUACAGUUCUUAGUGUUGCAUUUUCAGUGAGUGUUCUGCUCUGUGCAACCUACACAGCAUCAGCUACCAACCGACCCUGUCCACACAAACACACUUUCAUUUUCAAAACUGUUUAUCCACAUAAAAACAUUCUGAUUGAUCUGCUUCGUCCUUUAGGUCAGAGGUGUCAGUCAUUCCAGGGGGCAAAACCAACUCAUUUUGACAAAUAAAAGCAUGAAUAAAAUAAAUAUAAUAUAAUUGAUAUUAUCGCAAAAAUAAUACAAUAAUUUAAGAUCCUUGCUUUAGGUCAAAAGCAAACUUCUACUCUUCAGUCUGAUUACGAUAAUAAAACUUGUAAAACAUUGAACCUGAUUAAAUUCCGGGUGCAUUUGGAAGACUUCCCCCCUCAGAAUGCUGUGAUGAUCUCUGAGGUAAAAUGUAAACAAGCAAAAGAGACUUCGGUUGUGUCCCAAAUGUGGUCUGCAACUUUUUAAAGUGUGGUUCUUUUUUUUGGAAUGUAAUUUGGGAUUGAGUGGUUCUGAUUAAAUGACUCUGUGUUUA